AUGUAUUUUACGAUUAUUACCCUACUUUUCAUAAUUCCGAAUACACGAAUAUCUGGGGAUGAGAAUAUAUCAACACUAUUACUGACAAAUACGAAUGCCCAGAACCCUGGUAUCCGUAUGAGAUUAAUGUCCUCUGGUCUCGCAUACUUACGUGAAAUAGGCAUGAAAAUUGUGAAUGAUGAAAUAUUGCGAAUUCAGUUACCGACCAUUACAGAAGUUAUUGAAGCUGGUCAGGUUUCGAUAUAUGAUGUAUACGUUUCGAAAUAUUGGUCACCAUCUGAUUAUAGUCUAGAAUUGUCGCCCCCAAAUAUGUUUACAUGGUCAAUGGCUAAAAUGCAUAUCAGAGCUGGAGGCGAAUUUGAAGCAAUAUUUUCUGGGCCGUUUCUAAUUCCAGCGGUACCAAUUCGUGGACAAUUCGAAACUUUAUUCGGUCAUGUAAGCUUAACAAUGGCCGUUAGAUUAGCUAGAACACGAGCUGGUGCUCCAAUGGUAAAAUCAACAUAUUGCCGUGCUGAUGUUGGCUACGUCGAUCUGAAUGUCCGAAAUACUGGGGUUAUCACAGAUUUCUUCAUCAACACUUUCAAAGCUUUCAUAAUCGCUCACUUCAAACCAAUUGUUGAGGAUCGUAUAAGCCAAAUGGUAAAAAAUAUGAUUAACAAAGAUAUGAAUUACAUAUUGGCAACAAUGCCUCUUCAAAUACCUAUCAAUGAAAAUUCGGUCGAUAUAUUUGGAAUAUCUUUUAAUUUACCAGCAAGAAAACCACUUAGUAGAUUUGGCGAAAUUGGUGCUAAAAAUAUUACUUUAUUAAAUAUUGUCAAUCAUUUACGACAGAAAAGUCUUAUCUUGGAUUAUAGACUCAUUCGUGAUCCACUUAUCGCACAUGAAACUAUUGAGAUGUUAUCAAGGGGCGAAAUUUCUUGGAAUGGUUAUGGUGAAACUCCUUUCCAUCCUCCGAAUAUCUACAUUCCUCAACCAAGUGGUGUUCAUAUGGCAGAAUUUAUCGCAACGGAUUUUAUAGUCAAUUCAUUAUUAUUUCAUGCAUAUAAACAAAAAUAUAUGGAUUUUAUUGUUGGUCCUGAAUCAAGUCCACAACUUAAAACUCUUUUAUUGACCACUUGUGAGAAUGGCUAUUGCAUUGGUGAAUACCUUGGUGAAUUGUCUAAUCAGUUCCCCAAUCGUGAAGUUGAGAUUCAAUUUUCGACCAGAAAGUCACCGUUACUUGUUUUUGUGGAAAAUCGAGCACGAUUUCGACUUUAUGGCAGUAUGAAUAUGUUUGUUAGACCGCGAAAUUCGACACAGUUCAAAGUAAUGAUCAUACGAGCUGAUACGAAGAUGACAUCCAGCAUUAAUUUGUGGUUAAAUCGAACAGCAAUCAUUGGAAAUGUCUCGAUCGAAAAUUUAGACUUCAAAUUGCUUGAAUCUCGUGUUCGUGAUGUUGACCAAGCAACAUUUGGUGAUCUCGGCCUCUUCGGUGCUGAAUUUUUGGAGCAAUUACUUACUGAUAUCCUGCGGGUGGGUAUCAUUAUACCAACUAUGAAAGGAAUUGUCUUGAAAAAUCCAAAGUUAUCAUUGCAUGAUCGAUAUCUGAAAGUACAAACAUAUUUCCGAUUGGAUGAAGAAUUCGCUAGUAAGCUUAUUCAGGGUGCUGUAAAACAAACAUUCAAAAGUAUAAGCAAUACCGGUGGUUAA